AAUACUGUGUAAAGUAUUUAGCAGCAAUAGUCGGCACAAUUCAUGGGAAUACAGAUACUCAGUAGCUGCCCAUGCCAGAAAGAAAUAUGGCCGCCUGAAUGCAGGUCGGCCAUCUUGCCAUGGUAUAACUGCCCAGCGCACAGUAGCAUCAGUGGCAUUUCUUCAGUUGAAGCUUUUGUGGCUGAUGCUAGAGUCUGGCCUCUGGAAGGGCGAGCUAGUCUGUUUCGGCAACUAGUGUAUUACUUCCAGCGUAUUACCUGCGGUAUCCUACUGUUCGGAGCACCAUAAAAUCUGUGUUUUUCUGGACUUUUUUUUAUUUAUUUUGUGUUUAUUUUUGACAUCGGAGAUGAGCCGGAGAGAACUGAGGCGGCUCCUCGAGGACCAGAGGCGGUGGAGGAGCCGUCAUGGAGAUCCUGAUGAUGCUUUGGAGACCGUGUUUGAGGAGAGGCUGCGGUCCGAGCGGAGAGGAGAAAGAAGAGCUCGUCAGGACCAGAGACAUCAGAGGGAGAACAGAGAGAGAAGCCGUUCUCCCCUUCCUGCUCCCGACGCCGCAGAGAGACCACGCCCAGAUCAUCUCCCUGGUCAUCUUCAUCUCAUCUUUCAUCAACCGGCAGAGAAUGGGCAGGAUCUCCCGGCCAUGGUGGUGGAGCUCACUACGCAGAAUCUCCCGGCUUUCCUGGUGGAGAUCAGAAUGCGGAAUCUCACACCCAUGAUGAUGGUGAUCGGCGGACAGGAUUUCCCACCCAUGGAGGUAGAGAUCAGCGGGCACAAUCUUCCAGCCACGGUGACCGAGAUCAACGAGCAGAAUCUUCCCGUCAUGGAGGUAGAGAUCAGCGGCUUCCCAUCUCACCAUACCACAGAGGAUGAAGCCACACAGGCGUGUGUGAUCUGCUUGAUGGAGUUUGGACAUGGAGAACGGGUGACUGUCCUGCCCUGCAGCCACAAGUACCACACCAGCUGCAUCUACCAGUGGACGGACACAAACCCCAGCUGUCCUGUGUGCCGGAGAGACUGCAUCCCGAGGCCGGUCCUGUGGCGGAUCUCCUGAGUACGGCAGGAAGAUGAAGAUCUACAGCACCGUACAUUGUGUCAUCUACCCCUGGUGAGUACAGUGGUUUGGAACCUUGCACAAGUGUUGGACCCAUACUGUGCAUGUGCAGCCUCCAUUUCCCAAUACGGAUUUGUAUCGCUGCCGUUGUUGGGGAGGGAUGGGGCCAGGAUCUCCAUCUGAGGUCUGAUAUUUCCUGGUCUCUUUGUAGUAGAUGUGGCGGUUGGCUUGCGUGACUUCAUGGGUCAUGCAGAUGGCUGUUCGUGUCGUAGAAGAACCAAUACUGCAUCCUAGAAUGCAGCUCAGAUCGGUAAUGCAAGCCGGAGGCGUGACGCCUCCUGCUGCAUACCAUAUUAGUACCUCCAGCCUCAUCUGAAUCAGGCCGCUGUGCUCCUACAGGCCAGUGCCCAUCUUAUGUACAGCACUGGGGGGCAUCCUUUGAGAAGGGUAGUCCUGCUUUUUGAGAUGGAGCUUUCCUCUGGCUAUGGAGCUCUGAUGGGCAAAUAGAUGUUGAAUCAGUUUUUCGCAGCCGCUGCUCCAUUCGUCGGGUCUUUAGGUUUAUGGGUUUUACAUUGGAUGGUGUUUUAUGUUAGAAAAUCACGGUUUGCGUUAUCACGUAUUUAGAUUCGACAUCUAUUGUUUGGGGGUUCAGUCUGGCUGAUGACGUAUUGUCGGAGCUUGGUAUUUGAAUAUGUCUGAGACUGUGGCAGGAGUACUGAUACUUUGAUUUGUGCUGUGUCGGAAGCUUGGUGGCCUGAUAUACAGAUGUAGCCACAUCUGUGCUAAACUAGCACUCUCAGCGUAGGCCAGGCAUACCCGCGCUGCCGCAUUUGCCGCUACCAUACAUGUGAAUGGGGCGCAUGAAAGAUGCGUACAUGCCCCGGACGCGCACAUGGUCGUGCCUAACAAGGUGCGAUCACGGUAAGAUAUAGCUACGGUGACUACAUCUGUAAUACCUACUUAUAGGAUAUGAGGGUGACUGUAGAACAGAGGAGAAGUUGUGAGAAUUAUCAGAACUGGUAUCAGGUUGUUAGCUAGACCCAGAGCAGGUGCGCGGAGAGUCUUACCCCACCGGUGGUCUUCUCCAGGGAACCCCACAAGGGGAUUUGAGUUUCAUUGUACCUGGCAGGCCGGACGCGACCCCCUGACUGAGUCUCCUGGGCUAGGACUAUUGAUACUGAUGGAUGAGGACUGAACUGUAGAAAACAUCUGGAGACCACUAUGGAUUUGGCUUGGAGUUGGACAGCUGAUGUAUCACUGAAACUGAGAAAAGAAUUGGUGCCCUGAUUGGGCUAGAACUGGAAUAAUAACACUUGGCAAUAUCGGACUGAACUGGAGUGCUGACCAGGCUGGAUCCGGAAUGAAGACACUGGUAGUACAGAGCUGGUAUCGGACUGAACUGGAGUGCUGAUCGGGCUGGAUCCGGAAUGAAGACACUGGUAGUAUAGAGAUGGUAUCGGACUGGACUGGAGUGCUGAUCGGGCUGGAACUGGAAUGAUGACCCUGGUACUACUGAACUGGAAUCGGACUGGAGAGGUACUAAGGACUGCAGGUUCUAAGGUAUAACCUGUGAACACUGAGGAGCGCAGUUACAAGGCUCACCCACUGAGCUGUGUGACAUAUGGAAUUGGCAACCUGCACAUUGAGAGGCAGGAAGCAUUAUACCUCUGUGUACUAUUGGCUGGAUGUGUCAGCUGACCUAAAGGCUGAGCGGGACUGGACAGAGUCUGGUCAGUUGACAACAACCAAGAUGGUGCUGCCUAUGUUCCCGGCCCAGUGGGACUAGCGCCAUGUGGCAUGCCCCAACCCCACCACAGUCACGCACACCAUGCUCCACAGCCCCUGCUGCCCCCGAGAACACUCCCAUGGACAUGAAGGUAGCACGCUACUGGAGCAUCUGAGCCCUCCGAGCACACACAAGUGGCCGGACGGGUAAGAAACGUGGAUUACCGUGGGACACACCACCAGCAGCCAUGAUAUAUAUAAUAUUGCCUGGUUGAGUGAUGGUGUUUUUUGUUUGAUGUCGGGUUUGUUUUAAUAUUACCUCUCAGGUACUUCCUAUGCAUAUGGUGUUUGGUAGGAGAACUCACAGGAUAAUGGAGGAAGUGCGGUGGUCCCUUAAUUUCAUUUGGCUGGCUAGGGAGAUUCUUUGGUACCUUCUUUUGGGAUAUAUAUUUUUUUUUAUCAGUUAAGAGGAUAUGAAUCUGGGUUUUCCAGCCAGUUAUACAUCUGGCUCUCCAGUUUAUUGCUGACAUUGACGGAUCCUCAGCUUUGGCCCCACAUAUUUUUAUGUAAGAAUGCGUGCAGUACCUGGGCCUGGAGAUUGGGUGAGUGAGGGCUUUGAUGUGGAAUUUGCUUCUUGAGAUUUUCCCUGUAAUGGUGUCCCUGGAGUUAGGGGUGUGUGUUUGGAGAACCGGACAAUGUAUUCUGAUGCAACAACAUUAGGGUU